AUGACAGUCGCUGAAUCUCCCCUGGAUGUAGCGGCUCAGAUAGAUGCUCUCACCGCUUCGAUCGAGGCCAUCCAAGAUGAGAAUUCGCUCAUUGGAGCUGAAGCUGAGCUAUUGGCUGCUUUCCUGCAUGGUAAAGGCGCCGGCGCGAAAGGAGAGAAAAUGGAGGGCAUUGCGAGUGACUCGGAUGCUCCUGGGAGGAAACUGCUGAGAUACGGUGAGCAAGCUGGAGGUUCUACCAGUCCUCGCAAGACUCUUACACUCCAAGAAAAGUACGAUAUCGCUCAGGGAGAGAUGCGUAUGGUGAGUAUGCAAACGUCACAAUCGAGCGAGCGUAUUGCCUAUAACAUGGAGAUACUCAGAGCGUUGUUGGAAGUGGCAGAGGUUCAAGCCGCUGAAGUGAAGCGAGAUGCUCUCGAAUUUCGUCGUGAUGUGGUAAUGGGCGCUGAGAAUAUCAGGACGGGCAAGACUAUAGCUGAGCGGGUGUUGCGACACUUUGAGGAUAAGCUCACUCAGAAGGAUACGGUGUUAAGCAAAAUACUCAGUAAAAAUAAGAGCAUGCAAAUUUCAAUUAGGAAAAUCGAGGCAGAGCUCAAAGAAAGGCAGCAGAGUGGCGAAGUGAUGAACUUUAUAGACUUCCAGCAGCUGCAAAUCGAUAAUGAGCUUUCUGUGAAGAAAAUUGACGAGAUUAAUAAGGAACUGCUCAGCCUUAAGAAAAGCUACGCGAAAAUAGUUGAGCAAGUAAACUCGACUAAGAAGCGCAUAGGCGACCUAUUGAAUGAGGAGAACAUGUUAAAACAGGAAAUGGAGGGAAGGAAAAAAGUCUUGACCAAGACGGAGAAAGACAUAAGAAAAGUUGCUGUCGAGAGGGAGAAAGCUCGCAAGGAAAACAGCAAAUUGCGAGGGAUGACCAGAAAUGUGCGCACUGAUGGUGGAGGCUCUGGUGGUCCCCGGGUAGGAAACGAUUAA